AUGAAACUUCGUCGUCGAAAUAGAGUUGGAAACAGUGAAAAUGAUAGAAUAUAUUUAGUCGAAAAUAAUAAUCAUAAUAAUAGACAUGAACAUUCAAAAAUACGUCGAAUAGCAUGGAAAUUAGCAAAAGGUACAUGGAAAGCGUUUAAAGUUGGUUUUCAAGUAGCUGUGAUUAGUCAACCAUUUUGUGUUGCCCUUGAACCAACAGCAAUAGCGACAAGUAUAGUUGAACAUCAAAUGCGAAACAGAGAACGACGUUGA